CAGGGCUGUAUCUGCCAUUUUGGACAAUGAGGUCGUGUUCAGUGUGUAAUUCUGAGUGGAGUUUCAUUAUAUUUUAUAGGCCCCUAGUACCCACACAGGUGUUUUCACUUAAUUUGAUUAGACUUUGUCUCAGGGCACAGAGACCAUGCACCUGUUAAGGUGGCACAGUUUACACCUUUAUUAUUCUUAUUAGACCGAUGUGGAAUUUUUAAGACCAAUACCGAUUUCAAUAUUUGAGGAUUUUAAAAUCCGACCAUCAGAUAUAUCAGCCGAUAUUCUUUUUUUUCGUUUCUAUUUCAGAAACACAUAACGUUAACAUUAUUCCUAGCAUUUGUUAUGUGUAGUUAUGAGACCUCAACAAGAUAAAACAGUUUAAAAAUAUUUUUUUUUAUAAUAAAUAAUCCCUGAUGAUGCCAUAGUGACUUUUUUUUUUUUUUUUUUACCAGAAAGACUGCAUUUGGAAGUUUGGGAAGAGUUUGGAACAUGUGGAUGACUACUAGUCAGGGAGGGGCUUACCAAAGAUGACAACUUGCAUGGAAGUGAACCAUUGUUAUUGGAGCUUGAAAGUCAGGAUAUCUCGGCUGUGCUGCUUUGAUUUUGACCAUUCUUUUUGUAAUGUGCAUCUUGUGGCUCCCCAAUUUAUAAGGAAGUAGCCUAGGAUAGGCCUACUAAAUUGCAGGAGGCCACAACAAAUGAUGGUAGCCUACCACAAACAUUGCUUGUUGGUUGGUAGGUCUGCUCAUUAGGGGCCUGCCUGGUUUUAUUUCCCCUUGUGGGCCUAUAAGCCCCUAUCAUUUUAAUAUCUGUACAGGCUACAAUAUUCCAUAUUAGCAUGACAGUAUUAAAUUUGGUCUAAAUGGCUUAUCCCACCUCAGCCUGUAGCGCGGGUACUUCGGCCACGCAAGCUCCGCCACUCGCGGCGCCCUCCUCUGUGCCCGCGCGCCUCUGGGUGCGCGCAGGACCCUUCACUACAGCAGAGAGCAGCAGCGCAUCCAUCCUGCCGUGGAGCCGGGAGCGUGGACCCGCGAGGAGCGCACAGAGAGAGAGAGACACACACAGAAGAUGGACGGAGUCGGAUCGUUCGGAGCGGGCCGGGCCGGGACCACUAUAGACCCGAUUGCCUUCGCCAAACAGCCGCAGACCAUCCUCAGAGUGCUGUCCUGGAUAUUUUCGCUGGUGGUCUUUGCCUCCAUCGUGAACGAGGGUUAUGUCAACCUGGGCAGCGAGCGUCUCCACUGCAUCUUCAAUCGUAAUGCAGACGCGUGCAACUACGGUGUGUUCGUGGGCCUGGUGGGCCUGCUGGCGUGCUCCUUCUUUUUCCUGCUCGACUACAAGUUCUCCUCCAUCAGCUCCGUCAAAGACAGGAAGAAGGCUAUCAUGCUUGAGAUCGGUUUCUCGGGUUUCUGGACCUUCCUAUACUUCGUAAGUUUCUGCUUCCUGGCCAAUCAGUGGUCUCAGACCACGGCUGAUGAGCUGCCACUCAAUCAGGGGGCAGAUGCAGCCCGGGCUGCAAUCGCCUUCUCUUUCUUCUCCAUAAUCACUUGGGCUGGUCUAACAGUGCGUGCGGUCCAGAAGUAUAUGCUCGGCACGGACAUGACUCUGUUCACCACGGAGCACAUGGACGGCGGCGCGCCCACCCAGCCAUACCCCUCCAAUUCACCUGUAGGCGCCACCACUGAGACCGCAGAGGCCUACCAGAGCCCACCAUUCACCGAGAACAACGCAGCACCCACGUACCAGGUUCCCAUUUACUAGAUAUGGUAGACCUGAUGGUGGAGGAGGAAGGGAUGAGAGGAAAGUGAUAAAAAUUGCUUUCUGUGAUGUUACACCUGCUGUUGUGUAUGUGUUGAUCUGGGCUGAGUUUUCAGUAAUUGUUCAAAAACGGCCUCGCCGGCUUUGUUACCUCCUCUCGUUCCCUUUCCUUCCUUAACAUUCCAGCUUUACCUCGCACUUUUCCACACCUGUAUGUUGAACUCAAUCUUCUGCUUUAGCAAAUCCAGUGUUGUCAGAUCAGAGCAGAUGAGAGAAAAAGAGAACAAGAGGAGGAAAUGUAGACAAGGAGGCCACGGUGCAGUAUUCAAACAUUAUUUUGAAAAAGAAGAGAUCAACAAGUGAGUGACUCCACCACAAAGCAGUAUUAGAUGACUAAAAAUAGUGCAGAAUCCACUCACAUACAGCACCUUCAUAUUAUUCUCUUCAUUCAUUUAAGUGUCAAAAUCCCCUUUCAUGCCAAACAGUACGGGGAAUGUUUUUUUUAUUUAUUUUUUUUAGCUACAGUAUGGUCUGGUCUUUCCUCCCCCUCUCUCUGCUGCAGUUAAAAGUGAUCAUGUGUAUUGAAUCUGCAUGUUUCCAAACUUAGAUAUCAACUAAGUGCCAUACUGUACUGUAUCUCUCAGACAGUGACUUAAUUUAGUAGAUUUCCACAUGCUGUAAAAAAAAAACAAAAAAAACAACAACAAUGUUUUGUGACCAAGUGCAAUAUCUCACAUUCUUAUGUAGGUAGGUAUAUACUGUACUGUAGGUAGGCUAGUUACGGUCAGAGUAGACCAGUUUUAGGCACUGUCUCAAAUUACAUACUACUCUUUGAAUUGUACUAACAAAUCUCAGGCAUUUUUCCAAAUUAGAAGUGUCGAUCUGAACUAUCCUGGUGAAGUUUGCAAGAUAUGGAAGUUACUGUAUAUCCAACAGAUCAUGAGAUAACUUUUCAUCUACACAACAAUUUAAAUAAAAUUAGUAUUGGUCAAGAAUCCUUUA